UCCACUCGCCGGUUACAUUCCUGUACAUAAUCCCAGGUACGAUCUUAAAUUUUGAUUUGAUGCUUAAACCACCUUAGAGUAAUCAACUUCAUUAAAAUUACAAUGUCAAUUAAUAGAGUACAGUUAAGCAAAUGUAUGGGAUUCUUGGUCGACAAGUACGAUCAAGAGGAUUUCAAUUUAUUUAAUUGCAUAUCAUUUGAAGAACUAAAUGAUCCAAAUGCUCCGGUAUUACUUCAACAAAUAAUGGAUGGAGCAGAGGGGAAUGAUUUUGAAUUAGAGAAAAUGAAGCUAAGCUUUAUUAUUUCGAAUUUCAUUUCCUUCUGUGGUUUGUCAGAUAGUCCAAUAAAUCGUUUAACUAAUGCUUAUCUUUCUUCUGAAAAAUAUAUCCAAGAUUUCAAAUCUCUAAUCAAGGAAGCUGUGACUCAAAUUGGAAGUAUAAUUUAUGAAAUGGUACAAGAUGUUCGAGGUCGUCAUAUGCCGCCAAUUGAAUACUUCUAUUCCUGUUUUGCAGCUUCACAGAUGUGGUUCACGUCAUUUCCUGCCUUUGCUAUUGAAGACGCACAAAUAACUAAUACAAGGAUUAACUACAGUAGGUCUCGGAGAUAUUUUGCCACUUUUUGUCAAGUAUUUCCAACUUCAAUUGAUUCGUCGGACGAUGAGUUGAAAAUCAAAUUGGCAAAUGUUUCGUUAAAAGUCAGGACUUUGAAUGAAAGUACGUUGUCUAAAAAUUUAGUCCUUGUAAGACCUCAAAAUGAAGCUCAACUUGAAGACAUGUUCGGUAAUUUAAUUCUGAAUAAUAUAGUAGAACUUUUAUCUUCAAACUUUGAUUCAGCAAGUAAGCUUCCUCAAGAUAACUCGAGUGGAAUAGUUCGUCCAGAUUUAGGAAUAGAGGUAACUAAGAACGGAAUAAACUAUACCGUCCCGGUGGAAUUUAAAUAUUCUGGUUUGAGAUAUGCAUUCAAUGCAGUUGAUAAUAUCGAGGUGCCAUUCUCCGAUUUAAAUUCUUCAUUCCGAGAAUUAUUCAACCAAAGCAUUUACCAGCUCUUGACUUAUAAGUCAGAGCUUGGUUUCGUUAUUGAUAGGUCUUCUGUAUACAUUGUAAAAAUCAAACUGCCAAGAGUUCUUACUCAAAUGAUGAAUCAGGGUGACGGUUCAAAUAUUAGAGUCAUUGACUGCGUAGUACUGUGUUUAGAGCAUAGUACAAAUGGCAAUAGUUUGGGUUCUAUCUUAACGGCGUAUUUAUUAGAUUAUUUUACAGGUAUCACAAAUGAACGAACUGCUAAAAUUGAUACACUAUUUAGAAGCUUUAAGCUAAGUGAUGUUCAAAAGCGUGAAAUGGUGAGACGAAAGCAGGUAUUUAUGCUUCGUCAAUGGGUUAAUAGGUUCUUACAUUACCGUUUAGAACGCGGUUUUUACGUACAUACUAUCUAUAAUGCUAUUAAAAUUCCUCGUGAAAUUUUUGAAAUCACGAAUUUAAUAAAAGAAUGGAAUGUUAGAAAUGAAAGUGAAUUAACCAUCGGUAGGAAUCUCAGACAAGAGGAACCACUUGAAAAACACUUUUCUAAAGUAUUUUCAUGCAAAAUUGGAGAUUCAGACACCGAGGUUGUACUUAAAGUAUAUGACGCGAUUGGAGCACCUAUACUUAACAAUAAAUCGGGGUUAUCAGAUCAAUUAUUCUUUGAAGUGUAUUCAUACGUGACCGAGAUGUUUUUGUGUGAACUCAAUUCCUAUCUUACUAUCAGAGGAGACCCUAGAGGUUUAGAUGAAGAACCACCGAGUAGUGGUGGAAAUGGAUCAUUAAAUGGAUUACUCAACAUUAACUGUACUCCUUAUUUAUAUGAGUACGGAUUUUUUGCCGGUGUAUCAUUUCUGGGUUUUUAUCUAAUUCAACAAUUCAUUAGCGAUGAUAAGCUACAAUGUGAUUUUGAGCAUUUUAGUACUUUAGCAAAAAUAUCACUAUCCCAUAUUCAUUCCAUUGGGCUUAUACAUGGAGAUAUACAUCCAUACAACAUGAUCUAUAAUAGAGAAAGAGAUCGUGUUUAUUAUAUUGAUUUUGGUAAAUCUACAUUUACGAAUUUUCAACGUGGUGAAAGGUCGGUUGCGGCUGACUGGUUGCAUUUAGAAAGAGCCUUAGUAGAAAUUCGUAAUUUAAGAAAUUAAAUUUAUAUACUAUAAUUUGGCUGCUAAGAAGGGAUUGCUAUUUCUAUAGUUUUAUAGCGUUAACGAGAUAUGAAUAUAAAUGGGGUUACUAGGAAAUUGUUAAGUUUACAAAAUUUAUUUUUAAAAAU